AUGGGUCAAUCACGACGUCCCCAAGGCGGGGAAAAGAAGAGUCGCUUUGGUCGUUCCAAAGCUGUCGCUGAUGUCGGCGAUGGUCGUCAAUCAGGAAAAGGACAGGUCAAGAAGGCCGCCUUCGAAUCCUCCAAGAAGAAGGAGAUUGGUGUCUCCGACUUGACUCUCCUUAGCAAGAUCUCCAACGAGGCGAUCAACGAUAACCUGAAACUACGAUUUGAGCAUGGCGAAAUUUAUACCUACAUCGGACAUGUGUUGGUCUCCGUCAACCCCUUUCAAGACCUCGGCAUUUACACCGAUAAAGUGCUAGAUUCCUACCGCGGCAAGAACCGACUCGAAGUCCCUCCCCAUGUAUUCGGAGUCGCCGAAUCAGCAUACUAUAACAUGAAGUCCUACAAGGACAACCAGUGUGUGAUUAUCUCUGGUGAAUCAGGUGCCGGAAAGACCGAGGCCGCCAAGCGCAUUAUGCAAUAUAUUGCCAGUGUCUCGGGCGGUAGCGAUUCAUCAAUUCAGCAGACCAAGGAGAUGGUGCUGGCCACAAACCCUCUGCUAGAAUCCUUUGGUAAUGCCAAAACCCUGCGCAACAACAACUCCUCCCGAUUCGGAAAGUACCUGGAACUCGAGUUCAACGCCCAAGGCGAGCCGGUCGGUGCUAACAUCACCAACUACCUAUUGGAGAAGACUCGCGUUGUUGGCCAGAUUCAAAACGAGCGAAACUUCCAUAUAUUUUACCAAUUUACCAAGGGCGCGCCGCAGAAGUACCGGGAUACCUUCGGUGUCCAACAACCGCAGUCCUACCUCUAUACCAGCCGUUCCAAGUGUUACGAUGUGCCUGGAAUCGACGAUGUUGCCGAGUUUAAGGAUACCCUGGAUGCGAUGCGGGUGAUCGGUAUGACCGAGCCGGAGCAGGAUAAUGUCUUCCGCAUGUUAUCCGCAAUUUUGUGGAUCGGUAACAUUCAAUUCUCCGAGGACGACUCAGGCAAUGCGAUUAUCUCAGAUCAGUCGACAGUGGACUUCGUGGCUUACCUGAUGGAGGUGGAUGCCGCCCAGGUGAACAAGGCCUUGACGAUCCGCCUGAUGGAGACUGCCCGCGGAGGACGCAGAGGCUCCGUUUACGAGGUGCCGCUGAACCGGACACAGGCUUCGGCCGUGCGGGACGCUUUGGCCAAGGCCAUCUACUUCAACCUCUUCGACUGGAUCGUGGAGCGCAUCAACCAAUCUUUAACUGCCCGAGGAGCGAUCAGCAACUCGAUUGGUAUCUUAGAUAUUUACGGAUUCGAAAUCUUCGAAAAGAACUCAUUUGAGCAACUGUGUAUCAACUACGUCAACGAGAAGUUACAACAGAUUUUUAUUCAGUUGACCUUGAAGGCGGAGCAGGAUGAAUAUGCUCGUGAGCAGAUUCAGUGGACGCCGAUCAAGUACUUUGACAACAAGGUCGUAUGUUCCUUGAUCGAAGACAAGCGGCCCCCGGGUGUGUUCGCUGCUUUGAACGAUGCUUGCGCGACUGCCCACGCCGACUCUGGUGCUGCCGAUAACACCUUUGUUGGUCGUCUGAACUUCCUUAGCCAAAACCCCAACUUCGAAGGUCGCCAGGGUCAGUUUAUCGUCAAGCAUUACGCUGGUGAUGUCAGCUACGCAAUUGAGGGAAUGACGGACAAGAACAAGGAUCAAUUGUUGAAGGAUCUGUUGAAUCUGGCUGGAUCUAGCGGCAACCAAUUCGUGCAUACCCUCUUCCCCAACCAAGUCAACCAGGAUGACAAGCGUCGUCCGCCGACUGCCAGUGAUAAGAUCAAGGCCUCGGCCAAUGACCUGGUCGCGACGCUGAUGAAGGCGCAGCCCUCAUAUAUCCGUACCAUCAAGCCUAACGACAACAAGGCGCCCAAGGAGUAUAAUGAAGGGAACGUGCUGCACCAGAUCAAGUAUCUUGGUCUGCAGGAGAACGUUCGCAUUCGCCGUGCCGGUUUUGCGUACCGUCAAACAUUCGACAAGUUCGUCGAGCGAUUCUACCUCCUUUCACCGAAGACAUCCUACGCCGGUGACUAUACCUGGUCGGGCGAUGUUGAGUCCGGCGCGAAACAAAUCUUGAAGGACACCCGAAUCCCCGCAGAGGAGUACCAGAUGGGUAUCACCAAGGUGUUUGUCAAGACACCUGAGACUCUCUUCGCGUUGGAAGCCAUGCGUGACCGCUACUGGCACAACAUGGCCAUCCGCAUCCAACGUGCUUGGCGCAACUACCUCCGCUACCGCAUCGAAUGUGCCAUUCGUAUUCAGCGAUUCUGGCGCCGUACGACUGGAGGCCUUGAGUUGAUCAAGGUCCGUGAUUCAGGCCACCAAGUCCUGCAAGGCCGCAAGGAACGUCGGAGAAUGAGUUUGCUCGGCUCGCGUCGUUUCCUUGGUGACUACCUUGGUGUGGGCAAUAAGGGUGGACCUGGUGAGAUGAUCCGGAAUGGUGCGAACAUUAGCAGCUCCGAAGACAUCCUAUUCUCUUGUCGAUCGGAAGUGCUUAUUUCCAAGUUUGGUCGUUCCAGCAAGCUCAUGCCUCGCAUCUUAGUUCUGACUGGCCGCCAUGUAUACAUUGUGGCUCAGAGCAUUGUCAACAACCAGCUUGUCAUUGCAUCCGAGCGAACUAUCCCAGUUGGUGCCAUCAAGGCCGUGAGCACCUCAAACCUGAAGGAUGAUUGGUUCUCACUGGUUGUUGGUGCCCAGGAACCCGACCCCCUUCUCACCUGUGUCUUUAAGACCGAAUUCUUUACCCACCUGAACACCACUCUUCGUGGCUCCCUGAACUUGAAGAUCGGGGAGAGCAUUGAAUACAACAAGAAGCCAGGAAAGCUCGCCUAUGUCAAGUCUGUUAAGGACCCACAAGCUGGAGCCGUUGACAGCUACAAGAGUAGCACGAUCCACACCAGCGCCGGUGAACCUCCCAGCUCCGUAUCGAAGCCCACCCCACGAGCGAAGCCCGUCGCUGCACGACCAAUCACCAAGGGCCGACUUCUCCGCCAGGGAGGCCCCGGUGGAAAUGCAGGAAAGCUUUCCAGUGCUGCUCGCAAAGCGCCGCCUGCCGCGCAGCCUUUGCCUGUAUCGCAUCAAACGACUGCUGUGCCAGCGGCCCCGACACCAGUUGCUCAGUCCCGAGUCGUCCCCCAACCAGCGGCCGUUGCUGCCGCAGUUGCUUCUCACAUACGCACCGACUCAAGCGGCUCCAUGAAAGCGCCCCCACCACCUCCACCCUCCGCACCCCCCGCCGCCUCUCGAAAGCCAACCGCCAAGGUUCUAUACGAUUUCAACAGCGACCGCGCGAACGAGCUAUCCAUCCGCACAGGCGAGAUCGUGCAAAUCGUCUCGAAGGAAGGAAAUGGCUGGUGGCUAUGCAUGAACACCACAACCUCAGCUCAAGGCUGGACACCCGAAGCAUACUUAGAAGAACAAAAGUCCGCACCACCACCCAAACCAACUCCACCCCCACCGCCACCCACUGCACCCCGCGCAACCCCCUCUCCCGUCCCCAACGGCGGCGGCGUCGGCGCAGCAGCUGCUGCAAAGACAAAGCCCGCUCCACCUGCACCCCCCGCAAAACGUCCCACCAUGGCCGGCCGCAAGCCAGCCCCACCCCCAGCCCCCCCGUGA